GAGGCAGUUGCAGUUUGGAAUACCUGUUCGCAGAGAAAAAGCCUGCCUGUUAAUGUAUGAACUUCACCUCCUGUGUUGUCAAUCUUUUCUUACACCUCCGGAAACAAUGGCUGGCGGAUUAUUGGAAGUCACAACCGAGGAAAUUCUGCCAGUACUGCAAGUGCUGGAUUGCUGACAACAAGCCUAGCAUCGAGUUCCAUGAAAGAGGGAAGAAUCACAAAGAAAAUGUGGCUGCUAAAAUUUCAGAGAUUAAGAAAAAGAGUGUUGAAAAGGCGAAGAAAGAGGAGCGGAUGUCCAAGGAGUUUGCAGCGAUGGAGGAGGCAGCGCUGAAGGCGUAUGAGGAAGAUUUGAAGAGGAUGCAGCGGGGAUCAGAUGGAUCAAGUUCUCCAGUUCGAGCAGCCCCUCAAUAUCAGCCUGUACCUCUGGUGGGAGUUCAGCCCAAAAAGCAGCAGCAGCAGCAGAAGAAGAAGGGAUGGAAGGCGAGCAGGAAGUCCAGAGAGGGACCGAGAGAGAUGCAGGUUUGGGUGGAAGGCCAGAGCGAUGAGGGACACACCUACUACUAUAACACCGUGACAGGAGUGUCUCAAUGGGAAAAACCUGAAGGUUUCCAGGGAAGAAGUUCAGCUUCUGCUCAGUCCCAGCAGUCUGAGAGUUCCUUGGGUUCUCCCUGGAUGGGGGCUGUGAGUCCGGAUGGCUACACAUACUUCUACAACACAAACACAGGGGAGUCCAGCUGGGAGAAGCCGGCGGACUUUCCUUCCAGUGAGGAAUCGGAGACCCAGCUGGAGAAAGAGGAGAACGCAGGUGAGGACCAGAGUUCCCAGCUGGAGACGGCGCCCGCAGGGGAGGAGCGCUCCGAGUCUGACGGGUCAGCACUGGAGCUGCAGCCGGUGGGAGAAGUAGAUCUGAAGCCCAAAAUCCCCAAAAUCAACUUCAGGAAAAGAAAAUCAGAGACUGAACCCUCAGAAAAAGAAGGUGAGGAUAAAGUGGCAGAAGAAGCUCUGGAAGAGGAAAAGAAAGAGACAAAACCAGAGGAAGAGGCGCAGAGAUCAGGACCCAAACCAGAGACGGUAGCAGAGGUGGCGACAGCGGGAAAAACUCCAGUAAAAAGGCCCCGAGCAGCCAAUCCGUACGGUGCCUGGGAACGGAUCCAGCAGAAGCAGGAUCCAUUUGCUAACGUUGAUUUACAGCUGCCCCAGACGGAGGAGAGCGUGGCCGGCACUCCGGCAGAACUCCCGUCGGAACCCAAACCCAAGUUCAAGGAACGUGUCAUCACUUCUCUGGGAGAGGAGGGCGGACCCGCCUCAUUCCGGAGGAACAAGGCCCAAAACGGGAAGAACAGGAGCCUUCGGCAGAGAGACGACGACGACUGAUCUCAGCAGAAGCUUUCAGAUGGAGACUUUCUUGGAAGUAAAAGUUUCUAGGAACAUGUCAGUGGAUUGACAUGAACUUUUGUAGGAGGUUUUUUAUUUUUCUGAAUGUAUGAUGAGCAGAAUUUGGCCAGAUUAAAAUGUAUUUUUUAUGCACUGAA